AGAGAACACUAAUCUCACGAUGACGGAAAAUGUGCUCUUAUUUACGUAGAGUAGUUCUUAUUGCGUGUCUUGGUUGACUUUCAUAGCCGUAAACAGGCUCGCAACGGUGAUAUUCGGGAAAUAAAGAGUUUUAAGAAUGAAGCCCAGUGAGUUUGGUCACACCCUUUGUCUUGUCUCGCCCCUCGGAGGAGGAUGAAUGUGCAGUCAGAGCGCCAUGUUGAACGCUGUGGGUGUCACACACACAAGCCCAGCACACUAACAACACAUCAAUCGCGACCGUGUCUUAGAAAAUAAAGUUUCUAUAUCUCUCGUACGAGUAGUGUGUACGUAUGCCGGGUGUUACCCCCGGUCAUCAUCGGCACAGGAGGCUUGGUAAUGGAGGAAUUCAUCGUGCUGGCUUCCUUCACUCUGUGGAAAUGGUUUUAGCAGGUGCAGAGUAACACAGAGAACGUGUUUGAACUAUUGCACAACAGACUCCUUUUUUAGUUUUUAAGCAAAACUGAGUUUUCUACUUUCAAUUCUCAAGGAUUUUAACACUACACGCCACCAUGCCAACUAUUCGGAGACAAAUGAAAAAUGUGGUAAAUAACUAUUCAGAGCCGGAGAAGAAGGUCAGGGAAGCGACUUCCAAUGACCCGUGGGGCCCCUCCAGUUCUCUGAUGUCAGAGAUCGCUGACCUCACUUACAAUGUGGUGGCCUUUUCGGAGAUAAUGAGCAUGAUUUGGAAGAGGCUGAACGACCAUGGAAAGAACUGGCGGCAUGUGUACAAGGCCCUGACGCUGCUGGACUACCUGAUCAAAACGGGUUCUGAGCGAGUGGCCCUGCAGUGCAAAGAGAACAUCUUUGCCAUACAGACACUUAAAGAUUUCCAAUAUAUCGAUCGGGACGGCAAAGACCAGGGCAUCAACGUCAGAGAGAAGUCUAAGCAGCUGGUCGUGCUACUGAAGGAUGAUGACCGUCUGAAGGGUGAACGCUCUCAGGCCCUGAAGACUAAGGAGCGCAUGGCACAGGUGGCCACCAGUGUGGGCAGCAACAAUCAGAUCAGCUUCGGCCGUGGCUCCAGCCAGCCCAACCUCUCCACUAGCUACUCAGAGGAGUAUGGCAAGUCUGAGGGAUCGCCUGCAUCAUAUCAUGGAUCCACAUCUCCCAAUGCAUCUUCAGAGUUGGAGCAAGCCAGACCUCAGACGAGUGGAGAAGAGGAGCUACAGUUGCAGCUGGCUCUUGCCAUGAGCCGAGAGGCUGCUGAGCAGGAGGAGAGGAUGCGUCGUGGGGAUGACCUGCGGCUCCAGAUGGCUCUGGAAGAAAGCCGCAAAGACUCCAACACAGGGAAAGUGGCCAAGAAGAAGAAAGAGCCUCCACAGUCAUCUCUGAUGGAUCUGAUGGACGCGGUUCCCAAGGGCCCUGCCGAUCAAGCAUCGGACCCUUGGGGAGCAGGAGCUGCAGCAGCAGCAGGCCCUGCCUCAGACCCCUGGCAGCCCUACGGUGCAGCCCCUAAGCCAACUGCUCCUGUGGAUCCCUGGGGUCUUCCCAGUGCCUCUUCCUCAGUUGCUCCUCUGAAAAGCAGUGACCCCUGGGGGUCUCCCCCGGCUCCUGCAGCUGCUGAUCCCUGGAGCUCAGUGCCUGCCACCCGCCCCAAAGCCCCUGCCACAGUCGGCAGCUUUGAUCUUUUCUCCACCCCAAAUGGUACUUCCAGGGAGGACCUCUCUGAGUUUGACAGUCUUCGCUCCUCAGCACUGACAGGUGAUGGUAGAGGAAGCUCUGCCUUGCCAUCGCAGACCAGCUUGUCUGUAGGCUCUGAUCUGUUUGACAUACCGAGCGGCCCAACCAGAAAAACUCCAGAGUCUUUCCUGGGUCCCAACGCCGCUCUUGUCAACCUAGACUCUCUGGUCGGCAAGCUUCCCCAGCAGGCUCCAGUCUCCAACCCUUUCCUAGCUGGAGUCUCUGGAGCAGCUUCAGCUCCUGCAGCUCAGGUUAACCCCUUCCAGGUGAACCAGCCACAGCCACCCACCCUCAACCAGAUGAGAGUCAGUCCCAUGAUGGGCCUGAGCGGACAGGGCUUCAGCGUGGCCCAGAGAAGCAACGAGCCCUUGCCUCUGUCCUCAAUGCCCCCAGCUGGCCCCAUCUCCAUGGUACCCAUAGCCGGCAUGGCUCCUCUUGGGCCCGUGGGCCAGAUGCCAAGCAUGGGAAUCCCAGGCACCAUGUCCAUGCCCCAGCCGCUCAUGAGCGGGGGGCUACCGCCCACAGGCGCAGCGACGCAAGCUGGCGGCACAACCAACCCCUUCUUAUUGUGAGGAACAACGUUUGCCUCCCCGAAACCCACACACAUCUCUCUCCCAUCCCCUUUCCUAUGCCAUAGACAACGUUGUCUGUUGUGUUCCCUCAAACCUGUGUGCUAUUUUAAGACUUUUGGGAGUAGCAGUGGUGUUUACAGGUUUUACACUGGCAGGCGUUUCCCUUCCUCUCCUGUCAGAGAUUGGUACCAUACAACGAUUUGGUAUUCUUUUCUAAAUUUUCUCUGAAAAAAAAAAACAUCAACGAUACAGCAUCUAGGAUUUUUUUCUUCCCGGGAGCAACCUCUCGUUUCAAGGGGUCCUGUUUUUAACUUCUUUUUUCGAUGGCUUGCUUUUCUUAUCAGAGGCUUGAAACUAGGAGUACUGGUUUGUCUUAAUUUUUCUAAUUUCUAGUCUUUGAAAGCCGUGUGCUAGAUAAAGCUAACCCUUUUAAUCGAAGCAGCCUGUAAGAUCUACACAGUGCAUAUACACCAUGUGUAUUUACAGUACGCUUGAGUAGACGGUUUAGAGGGGACUCUAUCAGUUUACAUGGAAAUGAUUUUGAUGUUCUAAGCAGGGAUUUUGCACAUGCUCUGAUAUAUCUUCUUUUGACUGUUGACCCACCGUUAGUCCUUAGUGCGAGAAGCGAUGGGAAACCGUUCACUAAGAUACGAGCAAAGCCGAGGACAAGGAGGGAGUCUGUGACCUGCAUGUGUGAAUGGUUUUAAACCUGAUGCAUUGAAAGAUGAACUUCAUACUGAAGUGAAGACUAGUUCUUCCGUUUCUUUUUUAAUGCAUGACGGGUAGUUGGUUUGCAUAUCAUAAUACAGCUCAACUUUUUUAUACUGAAGCCUGUUUUUUUUUGUUUUUUUUUUACUGCUUUACAAUCCCGAGAUGUUGUUUAUUGGGUAAAUGGGUUCUUUCAAUUCAGUACGGCUCACUGUUUGAACAGCACAGCUCCAUAAUCAACAGCUAAUCCAUACUAAUUCAUCCGCUUAGCUUCUCUGUGAGUAUCCAACAGUCUGAAAUGUGAUCAUUUCAGUAACGCUUUUAUUUUUAAUUUAUGUGUGUGCGCGUAUGGAAGGAGCAAAGGGAAACGGGAGGAAAUUUGUGUUCGUAUAUCUUCAUCAGGUCCUAAUGCAUCUUACUGUUAUAACUGACAGCUAUAUCACUAAUCACUGCUUCCUAAUGCAAUCUGUUCAAAUACAUCGGGGAGAAAAGCCAAGCGUAUAUCAGAGCUUGCUGUUAAGAAAAUCCUCAGUUCUGUAUUCAAAGCUAACUUGCUUAUAGUGUUACAAGAACGAGUGGACAUGCUAAGACAGGUUAUAAUGUGGGAGAGGUCCUGUAAUAGAUUGUAUGAUUGAUAUUUUUUUUUUUGUUGAAUUUGUGGUAUAAGUGUAUGUUAGGGUUCAUAUGCAUCUUUCUACAGUUAGAAACCUGUGGUUGAUUUGCAUUGUUCUGUAUUCAAUUUUAUUUUGGCCACAGUUGUAUCAUUAAAUGAGACUUAAACUAGACUAUGUCCAUUUAAAGCGAGAACGCCUUAGUGUUUCGUGUGGCUUGCUGUGUCUACACUUUUAAUUCAACCAGUUAAGCACAAGAUGGCAACAUCUGCCACCAAUAGUAGUUACCAAAGUGACAUUGCUUGUCCUUUUUAAAUGCAGAGCUAGUUAUUUUCUAACUGACUACACAUCUAUCUCUCUUCAGUUCUUCCCCAGCUAUUAUUAGUAUUAUCAUCAUCAUUAAUCAUGCUUUUUUUGUUGAUUUAUGGCUAGAGUUUUGACUCUACAAUUUCUCUCAUUUGUGAUCUAGUGACCUCUGCUGGAAAUAUUGUAGUACUGCCCACGUGCAGUCUUGUAGCAGAGCCUGGGUGUGUUGAGGUCAAUAAUCUGCAGGCAUACUCAGGCAUAUUGGGGGUGGCUAUAAAGACAGCUUUAAGAUGUAUGUUAUGCGCUUUUGAUGGCCGUGAUGGUUGAAGCUGGCACUGAUCCUAAUAAACAAGACUCCCUGCUAGUGAACAUCACUGUACAGUACUCGAUUACGCAGACUAGUUUUACUUUUGAAUCCAUACGAUAUCUAGCUCAUUUCGUCUCGGUCAUCUUAUUUUGCUGUUACCGUGUAUCACCCGUUUUUCUUUUAUGUACUCAUUAUGCAUUUAUUGUGGAGGACUAACCUUGUGAACAUGCAUAACAUUUUAUUUUUCCAUGUUAUUGUGUCUGUGUAUUUACUUAUCUGUCUCAUAUUACUGGGAGCAGGCUGCUUUUAUGGAUAUGUGCUCAACUUGUUGGCAUUAUAACUGUAUAAUAUAAUUUAUCAUCUGUUCUAUUGUAACAUUGUUGUGUACCUUAUUUCGGUGUAAUGGUUUUGUAGGAAAGUCACAGGAGGAGUGAGAUGUUUUAUUGCUAUCUAAACCGCAGCAAGUGAUAAAGGACCUGUAGCUGCAGUGGUAAAACAAAUAAAUUGUAUCAAUGA